UAAAUUACAAAACUCGGUCCUCGAAGGCUUACAAUGCUAAGGCUUACCUGGCUCAGGCUCAGGGUCAAGUCCACCUGUAGCCGUAAUUUGGCGGACGACGGUAGGAGGCUGAAGCCUAGAAAGGCGGAGACCCACUAUACGGUUCUAAACGUAAGGAGCGACUGCAGCACCCAAGACAUCCGCAACGCAUUCGUGGAGCUCUCCAAGCAGUACCAUCCUGAUGUCAAGACCAAUGCCGCAUGUUCUGAGAGAACCGCUCGUUUUGUUCAAAUUUCUGAGGCAUAUCGCACACUUAUUAAGCCACAGUCUCGCCGGGACUAUGACGACAGUCUGAUCUGGCUACCAAAUGGUUCAGAACGCAGUCCUGUUGCCGAACACAGUGAUCCCUCGCAGCCUUGGAAUGUAAGGCCCAACUACGAUCCAAGUCCCGGCCCCUACUAUGGCAUAAGGGGCUUGAAGCGUGUGUCCAACUGGCAGGUCGCGUUGGUUCUGAUCGCCUUCGGCAUUGUUGGUGCUUUCUUUGGCUUCACUUCCGUGAAGCACUCAUUCGAUCUGCAUCGUCAAGUUCAAGACGAAGUCUCGGCAGACGCCACCAUCCACCAUGCCGCUGUGGUGGCAGAAGCACAGAAAUAUGGCAACGAGGAGCAGAUGCGUCGAAUGGCGGAUCGGCUGGCUCGAAACCCGUACAAUCAGUCAGCAAAGUAGCAGAAAUCAACCGGCUUUUGUAUAUGUAGUGUAGCUAAAUUAAACGACAGAGUAGUACGAUGAA